AUGGUCUCGCCAGUUGCGGCAGAGCGAGGCGCAGCCAAUCAAACAGAAACCAAGUCCGUGGCGGACUCCAAGUCGGCAAUCUCGAGGGUCGACUCGUGGGUCGACGACCACCUGCUGGUGCCACCUCCCCCAGCCGAGCCCGAUCAUAUGGACAAAAGCGACGGCGAAUUUGGUGACGUCGCAGAUGGUGUCGCCUUCGGCGGUGUUACCGCAGACCCGCUCACGCGAAAGGUCGCAGCGUUGGAGGUAGAGAACUGUGAGAUGACCGGCCGACUCUCUGGACUGGAGGCGAUGCUUCGCGAAAAGGAGCAGGAGUCGCAAGAGUUGCGUCGCCAGCUGCUGGCGAUCACCCGCGCGCUGGAGGAGGGCAGCCACGCCGACACGCUGUCGCGCGCCGAGCUCCUCAACCAGGUGCUCAGCCUGGCCAAUCAGGUGAAAGAACUCUCCGACGAACGGGCGGCCUUGCUCAGCGCGCCUGGCGGCGUGGCAUUUAACUACGGCCUGGGAGGCGGGUCUAAGAAGUCCGUCGCCUCUGAAAAGGCUCUCGACGCGCAGCCCGACGGAGAAUUAGCAGGUGGAAGCAACGAGGAAGCAGGCAAUGCAGAAAUUGAGGAUAAGCCGGGUGAGCCUGCCUCAGCGGAGGCUGCGCGGGUGUCGAGCUACCGCCCCCCGCCGCCAGAGGCGCUGACACCCGCGUCUGCUGCGGAAGAGGAGGAUCAUGGCACGGAGGCGCUGUCCUCGGCACCGUCAAUGGCGCCGUCAAUGGCGCCGUCGAUGACGCCAUCACGGCCGGGGACGUCGCUCUCGUCUCGAUCGCAGCAUCUCAUCCCGCGAUCUUACACCAUGCCCGUGCUCGCGGCUUCGGGCCCGUCGUCCCAGUCGCGCCUCUCGGCGCUGCCCAUGUCGAUCGUACCGUACGACCCUGCUACUGCCGCGGAAAGCCUGGCAAAUGUAACGGUGCCGUUUGCAGGGGCUAUUGUUCCGUACCAGCCGCCGGACGCUGGUAUAAUGGCAGGAGAAGGGGAAGGCUCGGAAAGCGCAGUUGUAACGUACAUGCCUCCAGCGGCUAGUACCAGUGCGGUUGGCUCUCGAUCUAAUCCGUUUGACCGGCCAAAUACGUACGAGAUGAAUCGCCCGCAGGCAUCGGGGCCCAGCGCGAAGUUGAGUCGCGUGCAGAGCUUCGUGCCGUCGACUGUUCCUGAAACGGCAGCAGAAGGAGCCACGUCCGGCCUCGGCGCAAUGCGCGGGGCGAUCGCGACGCUGAUCCGGUGCGGGACGCGCCCGGAGGUUCGGGAGAUUCAAAUUCGGCACCUGGAGAAGCUGAACCGGUCCAAGCGGGUGACCCCAGAAGAUAUCUUUGCCGCCAUCCAGUCGAGAUGCCUGAGCAUUCUGGCGCAGGUGGAACCUCCGUCGGGAUUCAACAUUAUGGGCGUGAAGGUCAAGAUUCCCCGCAAGCUCACCUCCCUCUCCCUCACCUCUUCCUCCUCCGUCUCCACCACUCCCUCCAAUAUCCGGGUCACUGACUCGGAAGCCAAGUUCCUCACCAGCCCCUCAGUGGAGCUCGUGGCGUUCCUGUUUGCUGCUGUGGUAACGCACGCGUGGGCGCCGAUCGAGUGUUUUCCGGCCAUAAUGGAGCAGAUGGGCAACAUGUAUGUGCGGCGGCUGCUCAUUGUUGAUUUCCUGGAUGCUGCCUUCAAGCGUGUGGGUCGGCUGGGAGUGGACGCUCUGGUGCAGGAUCUACGGGGAAUAGACAGGCUGCUAGGAGUGAAGGAGGAGAGGCUGCCUUCAAUCAAGGAGCUUAGCAACUGCAAGGUUCUGGUGAUGAUUCACAGCAAGGCUGGCCUCCAGUGGAAGAAGAAAUGGGUUUUUGGGAAGUAG